UUUGCGGAUUUUGUAUAUAUAUGCCGCGAUGACCGGCGCGGUGUAAAGUUGUUUUCGAACUUUAUUAUAUACUUAUAUACUUAUUAGUCAAAUUGGCUUUUAGUUUUAUCGUUUGCAUUAUAAUGAAACAUCGGUGACAUAAGUACUUAUUUAAAAUUGUAAAUAAUAAAUGAAAAUUCAAGAAUGACAUAAUGACCAAUUAUAGAAUGUCAUCUCGACCUUCUUUGCAAUUGACACUUGCAAUACUCAAGCCUCAUGUUGUUAAAUCUCCUUUCGCAUUGCAGAAAAUAAGAGACAUCAUUCUUCAAAACGAUUUUAAAAUUGUAAGGACACGAAGAACAAUUAUAGACAUUAAAGAAGCCGAAGAAUUUUACAAAGAGCAUAAAGAAAAGUUUUUCUACAACAGACUAUUAACGUUUAUGUGUAGUGGUCCUUCCGAUGUUCAUAUAUUAGCUAAUGAAAAUGCUAUUGUUAAAUGGCGUCAACUUUUAGGGCCAACAAAAGUAUUUCAAGCUCAAUACUCAGCACCUAAUUCAAUUAGGGGGAUGUUUGGAUUGUCCGAUACAAGAAAUGCAGCUCAUGGCUCAGAUUCACCAGAAUCAACAGAAAGGGAAAUAAAAGUGUUUUUUCCUGACUUCAAUAUCAAAGAGUGGUACAAAAAUGAAGAGAUGUUCUUUUCAUCAGGAAAAUUACGAUUGGAUCCAGAUUUAUUUGUACAUAUUGUUGAUAAAAAUGUUUUAAAUGUUACAGAAAAUAAAUCCUAAACUAUAUACAUUUUUAUUAGCAUUAUUUUACUAUGUUAAAGGUUAACGUAUCCAAAAGAACAAACACAUAGUAGAAAAAUAGUAAGAUAUAUUUACUUAUUUGUACUUUACAUGUCAGUGCCAUUGUUAUCAAACAGAAUAUAGACUAGAUAAUUUAUAAAAGAAAAAGAAAUAAGUAACUAUUUACAAUUUUUAAUGAAAUAAUAGUAUAUAAUACUAUUGAUUGAAAAAAAAAAAUGCAAAAUGCACUGUAUCCAAAUGAUAUUGUCUAGUGCAAAUCCUUAUGCAGCAUAAUACAAUGUAUUAAUAAAUUUUGUAAAAAUGGUUUUCAACUACUUGAAUUAACUAAGAAUCAACUUUAACAAAAACUUUUGGUCUAGUAAA